AAGAUAUUUUUUACUCUUUCAAAAUGAGCCUAGGCGGCUUUCGUAGAUAUCUCUCUAAUUCAGAGAGAUGUCUCUUACUUUAACGAAAUAUCUCUUAAAGUUAAGAUAUAUAUCUCUUAACCUUAAAAUAUAUAUAUCGCUUUAAAGUAAGAGAUACCCUCUUUAAAUUAGAGAGAUAUCUCAAAGUUAAAGAGAUGUCUCUUUUUCGAAUAAAUAUUUAAACGGGUUACCAUACAACUGAGUCACAAUCACAUUUAAAAUACUUUAUAUCUAAAAUAUGCUAACCUACUGAGCUACUCAACUAGGCAAAGUUACAUGUAUCUUAAAUAUUGCCGAUAUUUAAAUUGUCAUCCAUGUUUUAAAAGAAGUCAGUCUUUAUGACGAUGUAGAAAUACCUCAUUAAGACUUGGCUCUCAAGGUCCGGUUUCAAAGUUAAAUCUAGGUCUAGAUCAAUGGAAAAGAUUUCUUAACAGCUCGUGUUCUGAUUUUAAAAAUGAAUGUUGUGAAGAGAUGUCUCGAUUUACCAAGUCACAGUGCAGUUUUUAUCUAUAUUACCCCAUUCAACAAAUAAAAAAAAAACCCAUUUCAUAGCGUGAUGGAAUACCACAGAAAAUAAGGACAUAUUAUCAUAUUUCACAUUUUUGACAUUUCCGAUUAAGUAAGCUCCGAAUACCUACAUUUAAGGCACGCUGUUUAUACAUUUAUUCCGCAUAAAUUGUAUAAGAUAUCUUAUAAAGGUUCUAAAAUAUCUCCUAAAGUUUUUGAGAUAUCUUAUAUCCUUUAAAAGAUAUCUCAUAAAAGAUAUGAGAUAUUUCAUAUUGUUUUUCUUUAUAAGAUAGCUCAUUAAUAUAUGAGAUAUCUUAUAUAGUAUAUACGUAUAAGAUAAGACAUCUCAUAAACUUUAUAAGAUAUAUCAUAAACUUUAUAAUAUAUACCUCGCAUGUAUUAACGUUUUUGAUAUAAGAUAUCUCAUAUACUUUAUAAGAUAUAUCAUAACUUAUAAAAGAAAGUUUAUAAGAUCGCUUAUAUAUUUUAUAAAAUAUUUUUAAAAACAUAUAUGCUAUAUGAAAUAUCUCAUAAACUUUAUAAGAUAUCUUAUAUAUUUUAUAAAAUAUCUCAUAAAUGAAUUUUAUAAGAUAUCUUUUAAACUUUAUAAAGUAUCAUAUGAAUUAACUUUAAUAAGAUAUCUUAUAAUAAAAACAUAUUAGAUAUCUUGUAUGUAUUACAAGAUAUCUCAUAUUAAAAAUAGAAGAUAUCUCAUAAAUUAUGUAAGAUAUCUUUAUAGAGGAAUUGAAUAUAAAUAUGCAAUGCCAUAUCCAUUGCAUAACAUUGUAGAAUGCUUUCGUGACAAAUGUUUAAAUCGUGAAUGAAAAUGUGUAGACGGUCAGGCAUGUCUAACUAAGAUUGAUGGACGAUAUAAAAAAAAAAGAUUGAACAAACUCUUGACAAGUCGUUAAUUUGGAACGUUACCGCUAGCAUGGAGGCCCAAUCUCCAUUAGACCAUGUCGGGAAUUAUCCGCGCACUGAGGCGUGCAGCGGGACGGUUGACAUUUAGACGUAAGAAAAAACGUCGACCAAAACGUUCCCCUGAGCCAUACGCAACAGAAGACUUAGUGGAUACAAACGCACAUUCAAAUAUUGUUGUAAAACGGGACACAGAAGAAGAAAUUGAUCAUUCAAUUUUGGUAGACGUGCAUAGGAACACAACAGACGCAAUUGACGUCAAAAAUUCCGUUGACGUAACCGACAAUAGCAUGGACGAUAAAAGAAAACUAGUCCAGAAGAAAACAUCCGAGGACACAUCAUCGUUAUCAAUGGAUUCUGAUGAAGAGAGGUCUCCAAAUGAUAAAGGCUCAAAAUGGAAAUUUCGAAAGAAAGUGAAAGAAAAGAUUCUUCAGAAGCAGUUUGAUGAAUGUGAGCCUGAGGUAUGUGUAGAUAUGCUGAGAACCCCUACAGUGAAGGCUUUCACAGCCCUCAAAAAGAAACUAAAGAAAACAGAUAAAGCGUGGACUCAAGGCUUCCUUGAUGGCGGAGGCCUCGAUGUCUUGCUUGAUGCUGUCGACAUUAUCGGUGGCCGACGAGUUACGGAAUUGUCCGAAGCCUUGAAGGUCUUGGAGUGUGUCUCUUGUGUUACCAAACUAGUCAAUUCUAAGAUGGGAAUGACGUUCUUGGUUCAGCAUGGCAGUUACACCAAAAAACUAAUUAAGGCUUUGGACACAAAUAACGUAAUGGUGAAAAAACAAGUGUUCGAGUUACUCUCGGCACUCUGUGUAUACUCCGGUGAUGGUUACAGACUGACGAUGGACGCUCUGGAUAGCUUUAAGACACUGAAGAAGCAGAGAUACCGCUUCAGUUUAAUUGUGAAUGAACUGAGAAUGGCGGAUCUGAUACCUUACAAGACCACGUUAAUGGCAUUUGUCAACUGCAUCAUCGUGGCUAAUGAAGAGUUAGAAGACAGAAUGAGAGUCCGUAACGAAUUUAUCGGUUUGAACACACUGGAUUUAAUCAGCAAUUUAAGAAACGAGGACGACGAGGAUUUGAUCAUUCAGUGUGAUGUAUUUGACGACGAAAAGCAGUCAGAUGAUGAAGAAAUGGCCGCCUUGAACCCCGCCUGUGUCGAUAUCAACGACCACAAAGAAAUCUUCAAUGCUCUGUAUCAUAAGGUAUACAAUACUCCACUGGCUGACGUGUUUCUGAAUGUGUUGCAAGCUCUUCUACAAAUUGAACCAGAAAACCCACUUAGUGACGUUCAAUGGAACAUUGUGGAAACUUCUGCAAGACGUGCAUUUCUGAUCGACGAAACACGUGUCAACAAAGUGGGCCUCGGCGGGUCCGAUAUCUUUCCAAAAUAUCCAGGAACGUCCAAAGCAGUUCAGACUGACCCAAUACCAAUCAACAGAACAAUAUCCGAACCAGCACCGGGUAAUAGAGUCCCUAUCAGUCUUCCUAAGGACAAUUCCACAGACUUCAAAAAAGCAUUGGAAGCGAAAUUAAAUCUAAAUCCAAGACCUUCCUGUGAUACUCUUAAAAGAAUCGACAAGGAAAUCGACCAGUGUUUUGAUUUUGUCAAUGACACUUUAACAUCCCCUUCAUACAACAGUGACACAACAUCAUGCUCAUCUCCUCAAUCAGUUUCUUCAGAAGAGAAAAAGAACACCACAGAACUGCCAAUAACGUCAUCUUUAUCCAAAAUGCCUCCACAGAGUGGAGAAUCGACUUUAUCUCCACCACCACCACCACCACCACCGCCGCCGCCGCCGCCACCACCACCUCCUUUUAUGCCAGGUUCCAUUUCAUGCUCUCCACUCAUUCAACCCGGUUCUGUGCCUGUUCCUCCUCCUCCUCCUCCUCCUCCACCACCACCACCCCUCCUACCAGGUAUUGGAUCACUACCACAAAGUACAGUACCACCACCACCACCUCCACCACCCCCUUUUCCUGGCAUGGGGCCUCCCCUUCCUGGUACAAAAGCACCGGUCCCUCCGCCCCCUCCUCCUCCCCCUCUUCCUCCUGGUAUGGGAACCGCCCCUCCCCCACCUCCAGGAUUUGGAUCUCCGGUCCCCCCUCCGCCGCCACCACCACCUGGCUGUGGACCACCUGCUCCACCUCCGCCACCUGGGAUGAUCAAAGCAAGACCAGCACCACUGACAUUUUCCUCUAAUCAGAUGGCCUCCAGUAAAAUGUGGACACCAACUCCGAAGCACAAAAUGAAAACUUUUAAUUGGACGAAGGUUCCGCCUCAUACAAUUUCAUCCCAUGAAAACGUUUGGAAAGAAAUCCUGGAUAUGCAGGAUCACAUAAGUGUGAAAUAUGAAGCCUUAGAACAACUGUUCUGUCAGAAACAAAUCCAGAAAGCAAAAGAAAAUGAGAAAAAUAAAGUGAAGCCACCAUCGGAGAUUUUACUACUUGAUACAAAAAGAAGCAUGAAUGUUAACAUCUUCCUGAAGCAAUUCAAAAAGUGCAGUCAUAGUGAAAUUAUGUCCAUGAUUGAAGCGGGCGAUACGGUUACCAUUGGCCAAGAGCGGCUGCGCGGUUUGCAAAAAAUACUUCCAGAAACAGAUGAGGUUAACAUGCUCAAAAGUUUUGAGGGAGACAAAGAGAAGCUUGGAAAUGCAGAGAAAUUUUUCCUCACUCUUAUCCAAUUACCGGCCUUCAAAAUCCGCAUUGACGGCCUGGUUUUAAAAGACGAGUUCAAUGUCACUCUGGACUCGCUCUUACCAAAUAUCAGUGCUUUUGUGAGCGCCUGCCAACAUCUCUUGGAGAACGAGUCCUUCAAAAUGUUUUUGCGAUAUGUCUUGCACGCUGGAAAUUUCAUGAAUUCGGGAGGGUACGCCGGCAAUGCUAUGGGUUUCCGGAUCAACUCUUUGAACAAAUUGAUGGACACCAGAGCCAACAAGCCGCGGGUUACCCUUCUUCACUACCUCGUGGGUGAGGCUGAAAAGGAAAACAAAGAUGCCCUUGCUUUUGUGGAGGAGAUGUCUCCAGAUCUGACUAAAGCGUCAAAGUUGACUGUGGAUGCAUUAACGAAUGAAGUGAAACAAACAAAAACCAGUGUCACUAAGCUCCAUAAAGAUUUGGCAGACUGUCCCGAUGACGUCAAGAACCAGCUUAAAACUUUCAUACAGGAUGCUGAAAAGGAAAUGGCAACACUGGACAAUGGCUUGCAGAAAAUAACGGAUUUGACAAAACAACUGAUCAGUUACUUCUGUGAAAAUGAGAACAGUUUCAAAAUGGAGGAGUGCAUCAGCAGCAUGCAUACGUUCUGUGAUCGCGUGAAACAGUGUCAGAAGGAGAAUAUUCAGAGGAAACAACAAGAAGAAAAAGCAGAGCGCAGGAAAAAACAGCAACAGGAAAUGGCACAGAAACGGGCCAAUAAAACUUCAACAGUGAUAGAACCAGAGGAGGAUGGCUGCAUUAUAGACCGUUUACUGCAAGAUAUUAAAAAGGGAUUCAAACUCCGUAAAACAACACCUUCGCCUUCCUCAGCGAAAACGGAAGUAAAGAAUUCUUCCCAUUCUUCACCUAAACGUAUUGUGAAAAUGGCAUCAUCUCCUUUGAUAGAUGUAAAAUCUUUAAAAGAUUCUUCAUCUUCUGUUGAAUCUGUGAAGGAAAAAACUGAAGAAAAUAACCAAAACAUAGAUUCUGACCCUUCUAAUUCAUCGAAGAAAUCGGACUCCGUUAAAAUGAAUUCAGAACAGUCUGAACUGAAGCUUGAAACUGAGAGUAAAAUAGAAAAUUCUGUGGAUGGAGAACUAUUGAGUAAUGAAAUGGGCUCCAAGACUGAACAACAUGCGGCAAAUCCUUUAUUGGAUAACAAAUCUUUAACUAAUGGCGGUGAAAACGCUGUUUCGAAUGAUAACGGUUCUGUUGCUCAAAUCCCUGGAGAAAUUAUGCUCACAACAAUAGACAAUACCGAUUCUCUUGUGUGAAUAGAACGUACCAUAAACGUAUCUACUUCGUCUAACACACAAAUAUAUAUAUGACAAUAAUGAAGCCAGUAGUCUUCAGUGUCAGAAAGUUUUCAUGUAUGUAAAUGUAUAUGAUACAUACAUAUAUAUAUAUAUAUAUAUAUAUAUAUAUAUAUAUGAGAUGGUUGAAUUAACAGUAUGCUAGAUUUUUUAUAAUUGCGAUAAACUAGAGGGGGAAAUUCCGUGAGAAUCUAUUAUUGUCAAGUUUUAUAAUACGUCUACUUGUAAUUCAUGUGCAGUAGUGGGGUGUAGCAUAAGAGACAAACAUGCUGACGCACAAAAACAAAAAAACCAUAACAAAAUAACUGAUGCUGUGUGUGGUUUGCUCAUCUGUUAUAUUUUGAUUUAAAAAUAAUUGCGAGCGAAUUAAUCAAGUACACAAUCAACGUAUAUUCAAUACAAAAACAUUUUAUUUAAUAAAUGGAUACAACAUUGGAGAA